AUGAGGGACAGAGUCGGGGCUCUGGACACUUGCCUCGGGAAGGUGAAGGGGGUGGGAGAGGACUCAAACAGGCUGCUGUAUGGACUUGGAAGAGCGCAGGGGGAGAGCCCUUGCCUGUCAGGUAUACCUUCCUCUUCCUGGAUGCAUACAUCUGUGGUUGAUGUGGAUGGAAAUUCACAAAAUGAGGAGUUAUCAAUGGAAAUGAAAAAUGCUCUCAGUGAGACCAGCCUCUUGCUCCUCAAUGGCAAUAAAGUGCUUCCAUGUUUGAAAGAAUCAUUAAGAAGAAAUUCAGCUUCCAUUGCGGCUCAGAGCAAGACUCUGGAUCUGUUCUGUGCUCCUGCAGAAGAGUGUUUGGCUGGGGUGCCCUGUGGUGCUUACAGGUAUACCAAGGAGCUAUGGAGGAAGAACAAGUCCAAUGGAAUGCACUUUUUUCUUUGGAUGCACGGCUGGCAGUACCAGCUCUGGCAGUACCAGCUCUCUGCACUCCAUGGGAUGCCCCAAGAAACCUGGCCUGAAAAAGCAUGCAGACUGAGGUACAAGACCAAGCAAGGUUAUGUCAUAUACUGGAUCCGUGUGCCACAUAGUGGCCGCAAACACCCACUGCCUAAGGCUGGCAAGACUGUCCAUCAUGGUGUCAACCAGUUCAAGUUUGCCCAAAGCCUACAGUCUAUAGCAGAGGAAUGAGCUGGACACUACUGUGGCACUGUGGCUCUUAUGGUCUUGAAUUCUUACUAGGUUGGCAGAGAUUCCACAUACACAUUCUUUGAGGUUAUCCUCAUUGAUCCAUUCUAUAAAGCUAUCAGAAGAAAUCCUGACCCCCAGUGGAUCACCAAACCAGUUCAUGAGCACAGGGAGACCUGAGGGCUGAUAUCUGCAAGCCGUGAGAGUGGCCUUGGAAAGCAUCCCUAGUUCUGGCACACCAUUGGUGGUUCUAGCAGGGGGGCAUGGAGAAGGAAGGAUCCUCUCCUGCUCCACCUUGCCACUAAUAUAAUUAAUGUUUGUGAAAUUCUUACCUAA